UUGUAAAGUCUUUUAAGAGGAUAAAAGCGUAAAAUUAACAAGAAAAUGUGUAUGUAUAAAUUGGCCUAUUCUUCAAUAAUUCAAACAAAUUCAUCAACCUAGCUAGCACAAGAUGGAGUUCAAAGUCUUUCUUCUUGUCAUUCUACUACUAUUCCAGGCUUUCGCAGAAGCUUCAUCAAUCACUGGAGUAGCCAAUUCUCUUGAGAUUACAAAUGAAGGAAGUCAAACUGUGGCUCUGAAUAAUGAACAUAUCCACCUGCACAAAAUCAAUUGCAACCAUGAAUGUUCUCGAAGAUGCAGUAAAGCAUCAAAAAGGAAGAGAUGCAAACGAGCAUGCAAGUCAUGUUGCCACACAUGCCACUGCGUACCCCCUGGGACCUAUGGUCAUAAGGAGGUUUGCCCAUGCUAUGCACGCCUCAAGACUCAUGGGGAUAAGCCUAAAUGCCCUUGAAAUUAUUAUUGACGGGAAGUAUUUUUAAUAUGAAAAAGGGCAUUCAAAUCUAUAUUAUUUGAAUGUUCGAAUUAAUUGAAUGUAUAAGGAAUAAAAUCCACUACUUGACAUUUUAGUAUGGACCAUAUAUUCAUUUUGUAUUUGAUGACAGAUGUGUUUUGUUUGUUUCCUGUUUAUCGAUAUAUAAAGAAGAGAAUCGGUUAUUCCGUAAA